AGUGAGAACGAAAAAAACGGCAGCACGAAGAUCAUCGCCAGUGUCGUAACUUGUACCGUACGAGUUGCCGUAGAAGAGCUUUUCUGAUGGCGACAGCGCGCAAACGGGCGAGUCCUAACUCUGCGGGUGGAUAAAAAAAAGUGCUUUGAAAAGACGCCAAUUUGACGCCUUUGCAAACAGCAAACGUGCAAACAGCUACUACAUUUGUCGGGACAUGGAUGAGCCCAUGCACGUGUAGAACCGAGGAGCCCUCCCCCUGCAAUGGAACCCCCGGACCCUAACGACGAUCCUAGCAGGCAGGCGAGCCCCCCUGGUGAUGCCAGGCCCCGGGGUGCCCCAGAGGAGGACGAGUCCUGGGACGCUGAGGAGGAGGGCCUGUACAGCACUUCCCCCCCCUGCACCCCCCGGCAGAUGAAGCGCAUGUCAGGGAAACACCAGAGGAACAGCCAGGGCCGCUCGGCUGGACGCUCCCCCAACAAGGACAAGCCAGACCCCACCAGCCCCUUAACCCAGAGGUCCCGGGACAGGGAGAGCCCUCGUCCGUCGGAGCCCCCGGAGGAGCACAGCUACAAGCAGGGGAAGAAGCAGCGCUCCGCCAAGCGCUCCACGGACAGAGACAUCAAGAAGACCUUCGAAGGCUCCUUCAUGCUGGACCCGCUGUCCAGGCCCAGCCCCUUCGGAGCCCUCAGCAUGGACCCCAGGAAGCCCUACCUGAGCCUGGGCCAGCUGCCUGUCAGCAUGCCCCACGCCCUGGCCCCCCGGCCCCACCGCCAGACCUCGCGCUCCGACUGCCCCGCCGACCGCCUCAAGUUCUUCGAGACGCUGCGCCUGCUCCUCAAGCUCACCUCCAUGUCGUCCAAGAAGAAGGAGAAGGAGCAGCGCGGCCUGGAGAACUCGGCCUUCAUGGGCCAGAACAACGAGGUGGUGUGGCUGGAGCUGCAGGCCUGGCACGCCCACCGCUCGGUCCACGACCAGGAUCUCUUCCUCUACACUGCCCGCCAGGCCAUCCCCGACAUCAUCAGGGAGGUGCUGCACUUCAAGGUGGACUACCACAGCCUCAGCCCCUGUAGCACACAGCUGGAGGCCGGGGCAGAAGAACCAGGACUAGUGGAGAGAGGCGGUCAGGACAUCCCCUCCCCAGAUAGUGAACCCUGGCCGGGCAGCUCUCCAGCCGCGGGCCCCUCGGAGGGCAGCCGUGUGGGGGUGGACCCGUGGGGCUUCAGCGCCAGCCCGUCCCCAUCGCUUGAUGUGGCGGCCCCGCUGGGCCCGGGGCAGGGCUGCCGGGAGCACCUGCAGAGGCAGCGGCUGGCCUUCCAGCAGGUGAAGAGGGUCAUGGAGCUUCUGGAGUCUGUGGAGGCCCUGUUCCCCUCCCUGCAGGCCCUGCAGAAGGACUACGACAAGUACGCCGCCAGAGACUUCCAGGGCAGGGUGCAGGCUCUCUGUCUAUGGCUCAACAUCACCCAGGACCUCAACCAGAAGCUGCGUGUCAUGGCAACCGUGCUGGGCCUCAGAAACUUGUCCCGGAUUGUCUGGCCCGUCUUCGAGAUCCCCUCUCCCCGCUGUUCCAGCGGCAACGAGGAGGAUCAAGAGGAGGACGAGGACGAGGAGAACGACUCGACCGCCACCUUCACGGCCGACAGCGAGGGCGAGGAGCGAGACGCGGGGGAGGAGGGGGGGGAGCUGUCGCCCUGCCUCACGCCCAAGUUCACCAGCCUGCUGUCCGAGGAGGAGUUCCUGCCUGCGGGGGGGGAGGCGGGGGCGGGAGGCUCGGUGGAGGCGGGGGCUGGGGAGGCGAGGGCUGGGGAGGCGGGGGAAGGGACGGCGAGAGGCUCGGCGGAGGCGGGGGCUGGAGAGGCGGGGGCUGGGGGACAGUACUGCUCCACUGCCAUCUACCGGCCGUUUGUGGACAAGGCCCUGAAGCAGAUGGGCCUGCGCAAGCUGAUCCUCAGGCUGCACAAGCUGAUGGACCGAUCCCUGCAGCGGGCCAGAGCCGCCCUGCUCAGCCACACUCCUGCCCUGGAGUUUGCAGACUUCCCAGACCCCAUGUUGUACAGUGACUACCUGCCGGAGCUAUCCAGGCACCUGUCCUGUGAGGAUCCAGGCCGGCCCGACCUGGACGCUGACCAGGUGUCGUGGGGGGAGCUGCUGGACAUGGACCUGCCCUCGUUCCGUCCCGCCUUCCUGGUUCUCUGCAGAGUUCUGCUGAACGUCAUCCACGAGUGUCUCAAACUGCGUCUGGAACAGAGGCCCGCCGGGGAACCCUCUCUGCUCAGCAUCAAGCAGCUGGUGCGCGAGUGUAAGGAGGUGCUGAAGGGGGGGCUGCUGAUGAAGCAGUACUACCAGUUCAUGCUGAGGGGCGUGGUCACCAACGCCCAGGGCCUGCAGACCAACGCCAACAUCGAUGAGUUUGAAGAAGAUCUGCACAAAAUGCUGGUGGUGUACUUUGACUACAUGCACAGCUGGAUCCAGAUGCUGCAGCAGCUGCCCCAGGCGUCCCACAGCCUGAAGAACCUGCUGGAGGAGGAGUGGAACUUCACCAAGGUCAUCACCCCCUACAUCAGAGGAGGAGAGGCCCAGUCCGGCAAGCUCUUCUGCGACAUUGCCGGCAUGCUGCUGAAGUCUACAGGGGAGUUCCUGGACGCGGGGCUGCAGAAGAGUGGAGACGAGUUCUGGGGCAGCGGAGAGGACGAGACGAGCAACGUGUCGGACGAGAUCAGGCGGUCGGUCAUCGAGACCAGCAGGUCUUUGAAAGAGCUGUUCCAUGAGGCCAGGGAGAGAGCAUCCAAAGCUCUGGGCUUUGCCAAGAUGCUCCGCAAGGAUCUGGAGAUAGCAGCAGACUUCAGCAUCACCAGUGGGGUGUCCAGUCUCCUGGAUGCUCUCAUGGAAAGAAACUAUGUCAAGGUCCAGAUCCCGGGGCUGGAGGAGCUGGAGGUGUUUGUCCCCAGCGUACUGAUGGAGCAGCGCCCGCUGAUCCUGCAGCUGCUCCAUGCCGCCGCAGGGAAGGACUGCAGCAAGGAGCCGGAGGAGCAGAGCCAGGACGAGGCCUACCUGCUGAUGAGCAAGCCCGGAGCCUGGGGCUCGCCUGGGGAGGCAGGCUGGGCGCAGUGGGGGGGCCAGACCAUCAAACUGGUGCCCCAGGUGGAGACGGUAGACACACUCAGGGCCAUGAAGGUGGAUAACCUGCUCCUGAUCGUGAUGCAGUCGGCCCACCUGGUGGCCCAGAGGAAGGCCUUCCAGCUGGCCAUGGAGGACGUGCUGUCCCUCAGCCGAGAGCAGACCUCCAGCCAGCCUCUCAUAGCCUGCGCCCUGGAGCAGCUCAAGAACGAGGCUCUCCAGUUGUGUAUAAGGAUCAGCUUGGCCAUCGACCAGGUGGAGUUCAUGUUCACGUCGGAGUUCCAGGCGGAGGUGGACGAGUCGGAGUGCUCCACCCUGCAGCAGUACUACCGGGAGGCCAUGAUCCAGGGCUACAACUUCGCUUUCGAGUACCACAAGGAGGUCGUCCGCCUGAUGUCUGGAGAGUUCCGCCAGAGGAUCGGAGAGCGCUACAUCUCCUUCGCCAGGAAGUGGAUGAACUACGUCCUGACAAAGUGUGAGAGCGGACGUGGGACCAGACCCAGGUGGGCCACUCAAGGCUUCGACUUCCUCCAGGCCAUCGAGCCCGCCUUCAUCUCAGCCCUGCCUGAGGACGACUUCCUGAACCUUCAGGCGUUGAUGAAUGAGUGCAUUGGUCAUGUGAUUGGCAAGCCCCACAGCCCAGUCACUGGCAUGUAUAUAGCCUCUAGGAAUAGCCCUCGACCCGUCAAGGUACCUCGUUGCCAUAGUGACCCACCCAAUCCCAACCUGUUUAUUGCCAAUGCCGAGGGAUUCAGUUCCAGGAGUUUACCAUGUGACCUGCGGACCCAGCUGUGGCCCCCCGGCCCCAGGCCAGCCCCCGCCCCCCCAGGCCCUGCUGGGGACCCCAGCCACCCCAAACCACCUGGUGGCACCACCCCCACCAGUGACCUCAGGGGCUGUAAUCUCCAUGAGAGCGACCGUCUGUCCUCGGUGGCUGCUGAGCUGCAGUUCAAGUCUCUUAGUCGUCACUCCAGCCCCACGGAGGACAGGGAAGAGCCCUCGUACCCAAAGGGAGACCCCAGCAGCACAGCACGCAGGAGCUGGGAACUCCGCACCUUCCUCAGCCAAUCAAAAGACACGGCCGCCCGUCAGAACCCCAUGGAGUCGGUGCGUAGCUCGAUCCGCUCCUUUGAGGAGAAGCGCUACGCCGUCAUGAAGCAGCGCAACAUCAUCGGCCAGGUGUGCCACACCCCCAAGUCCUACGACAACGUCAUGCACGUGGGCCUGCGCAAGGUCACCUUCAAAUGGCAGAGGGGCAACAAGAUAGGUGAGGGCCAGUAUGGGAAGGUGUACACCUGUAUCAAUGUGGACACAGGAGAGCUCAUGGCCAUGAAGGAGAUCCGCUUCCAACCCAACGACCACAAGACCAUCAAGGAGACGGCAGAUGAACUGAAGAUCUUCGAGGGCAUCAAGCACCCCAACCUGGUCCGCUACUUUGGAGUGGAGGUCCACCGGGAGGAGAUGUAUAUCUUCAUGGAGUACUGUGACGAGGGCACCCUGGAGGAGGUGUCCAGGCUGGGGCUUCAGGAGCACGUCAUCCGCCUCUACAGCAAGCAGAUCACCACGGCGAUCAACGUGCUGCACGAGCACGGCAUCGUGCACCGAGACAUCAAAGGAGCAAACAUCUUCCUGACGUCGUCGGGCCUGAUCAAGCUGGGUGACUUCGGCUGCUCGGUGAAGCUGAAGAACAACGCCCAGACCAUGCCUGGAGAGGUGAACAGUACCAUGGGCACCGCAGCAUACAUGGCCCCGGAGGUGAUCACACGGGCGAAGGGCGAGGGUCACGGCCGUGCAGCCGACAUCUGGAGCCUGGGCUGUGUCCUCAUUGAGAUGGUCACCGGCAAGAGGCCAUGGCAUGAGUACGAGCACAACUUCCAGAUCAUGUACAAGGUGGGCAUGGGCCACAAGCCGCCCAUCCCUGACAAGCUGAGCCGGGAGGGGAAGGACUUCCUGUCCCACUGCCUGGAGAGCGAGCCCAAGCGCCGCUGGACCGCCAGCAUGCUGCUCGACCACCCCUUCGUCAAGGUGUGCACAGAUGAGGAGUGAGGGGGAACCUGAAACUGGAAUGUUUACACUUUUCUGUAGCACUGCUGUACAUGCUGGGCAAGGGCUUGUGGGUAACAGGAAGCUGUCACUGGAGCAAGAGGACGUGGAGGAGGUGGAACUUCAGGCUGACGGCACAUGCAUCCUAACUGACGAACUGUACGAAGAUUUCAUAAUUUAAGAGGGAACUGGAACAUGGAAGAAGGAAGUCCUAAUAUGGCCUCUUGUGGGGGGGGGGGGGGGGGGUGAAUUGUAAAUACUGUAAUAACGGAUUGGGCUUGGAUCCUUGUAUAAAACAAUAUAAAGUAAUUAUCUCCACCUCUGAUGAUGUCACCGGGAAUGGAAGAAAGAAAACAUGAAGAUGGGAAGUGCUAAAGCGAGGGAUAUGAACAAGAUCAAAGCUGUGGCACUUUUAACCUGAGGGGGUGGUGGGGCGGGGGGUGAAACCCUCUCUGUGGAUGCGACCUCACACACACACACACGCACACACACUCGUGUUAGGAGUGUGUAGCUCACCACCCAAAUAUGCAAUCAGCCAUCAGUACAACACUCACAGGCUGAAGCACAAACAAGGGAGGACGUUUGAGUUCAGUCUUCAGAUCUCUCCUCCAGGGCUGGUCCAGGAGCCCCAUGUUAGCCAGUUGGUCUGGGGCUGUCACAUGGGCAAAGCUUCACACCUUCUCUGGUGGGCUAGUCACAUGACUGGUGGGCUAGUCACAUGACCGGAGCAUAACCAUUAAGAGGAGAGAAAUCAAGCCCACUCCCUCCCUGCUGCUGAGAACAGACACACUCAUAUACACACACACACGCAAACUGACACACACGUAUGAACCCCUGCUGCUCUUCAUGUGUUAUGUAAAAACAAUAAAGCAAGCCUUUUUUUUU